UUCCAAAAUCAAGGAACUGUUCCAGGACUAGUUCUGAGCAUAGAGGUGUUCCGCUCGGCGGAAAUGACGCAUCGUUGAUUUGAUGUCAAAGGUCACGAAAAUUUUCUCAACUUCCUUUCCUGCUAGCAGUGGCCACAGAAUAGCACCAAGAUGGGCAAAUUCAUGAAACCUGGGAAGGUGGUGAUGGUCCUUGCUGGGCGCUACGCUGGUCGUAAAGCUGUUAUCGUCAAGAACAUUGAUGAUGGUACCUCAGACCGCCCUUAUAGCCAUGCACUGGUCUCGGGCAUUGACCGCUACCCCCGCAAAGUGACCACAACCAUGGGCAAGAAGAAGGUUGCCAAGAGGUCCAAGAUCAAGGCUUUCGUAAAGGUGUACAACUACAAUCACCUCAUGCCCACCAGAUACUCUGUGGACAUUCCUCUGGACAAAACCAUCGUCAACAAGGACGUCUUCAGAGACCCUGCCCUGAAACGCAAAGCCAGGCGGGAGGCCAAGAUUAAGUUUGAGGAGAGAUACAAGACAGGCAAGAACAAAUGGUUCUUCCAGAAGCUUAGAUUCUAGGCGUUCAUUGGUUUCACUAAUAAAUGUAUAAAAAAAACAUUGACUGUUGUUUUCAUUUGUGGUUUUAUUGACAAGUGUAGGAUGUUUUGGAGAUUAAGCUUACAAAAGCUGCUUGUUAAGAGACACAGGCCUUUUUACUGACAAAGAAGGAUGCCCAGGGUCCCUGCUCAUCUGUGUGAAUGUGUCUUAGGCAUGCUGCAAGGAGGCAUGAGGACUGCAGAUGUGACCAGGGCAAUAAAUUGCAAUGUCUACUGUGAGACGCCUAAGAACGAGACGGGAUGGACAGCUGAUCGUACUCUCAGUGGCAGACCACAUGUAACAACACCUGCACAGGAUCUGAACAUGCACACAUGCAGGACAGGUACAGGAUGGCAACAACUGCCUGAGUUCCACCAGGAACGCACAAUCCCUCGAUCAGUGCAUAGACUGUCCGCUAUAGGCUGUGAGGCAGGUCCUCACCAGACAUCACUGGCAACAACAUUGCCUAUGGGCACCGUCACUGGACCAGACAGGACUGGCAAAAGGUGCACUUCACUGACGAGUUGCAGUUUUGUCUCACCGUUUAUCGUCAAAGGAACGAGCAUUACACCGAGGCCUGUAAUUCUGGAGCGGGAUCGAGGUGUAGGGUCCGUCAUGGUCUGGGGUGGUGUGUCACAGCAUCAUCGGACUGAGGUUGUCAUUGCAGACAAUCUCAACGCUAUGCGUUACAGGGAAGACAUCCUCCUCCCUCGUGUGGUACCCUUCCUGCAGGCUCAUCCUGGCAUGACCCUCCAGCAUGACAAUGCCACCAGCCAUACUGCUCGUUCUGUGCGUGAUUUCCUGCAAGACAGGAAUGUCAAGGUUAUGCCAUUGCCAGCGAAGAGCCCAGAUCCCAAUCCCAUUGAACACGUCUGGGUCGGAGGGUGAGGGCUAGGGCCAUUCCCCCCCCAGAAAUGUCCGGAAACUUGCAGGUGCCUUGGUGGAAGAGUGGGGUAACAUCUCACAGCAAGAACUGGCAAAUCUGGUGCAGUCCAUGAGAUGACCUGCAGCUGGUGGCCACACCAGAUACUGACUGUUACUUUUGAUUUUGACCUCCCCUUUGUUCAGGGACACAUUAUUCUGUUUCUGUUUGUCACAUGUCUGUGGAACUUGUUCAGUUUGUCUCAGUUGUUGAAUCUUGUUAUGUAAAUAUUUACACAUUAGGUUUGCUGAAAAAAAACGCAGCUGACAGUGAGAGGACGUUCUUUUUUAUAUAUACAGUUGAAAUCAGAAGUUUACAUACACUUAGGUUGGAGUCAUUAAAACUUGUUUUUCAACCACCACAAA